UCCAAAAAGAGGAAAAAAAAAUCCCGAACUAAAAAAAUUUUUAUCAACUGAAUUAAAAAGCAAUGCUGAAGUUAUGCUUUUAAUACAAGAAGCAAUAUAUGGACCAAUAUUUGAAAGACUCAUGCCGAUGUCAUAUGCAAAUCAUGUAACCAAAGCGGCUUUAAACCUUUCAAAAAAAUUAAAACCGUAUAUUGGAAUUCAUUGGCGUAUGGAACGUGGUCAAAUAGAACUUAUGCCAAAAUGUGCUGAAAAUCUUGUGACUUAUAUAAGAAAUCUUUCAUUAACGACUAGAAUUGAAACCAUUUAUUUAGCUACGGAUUAUCCACUUGCUAAUAAUGGAAAUAAUAAAGCACAAUCACGUACAUUUAAGAACAUAGGUGAAAGUCAUCAUACAGCAAUGAAAAUUUUACAUUCUUCAUUUAAUGUAAACACUUGGGUAUCAACACGCGCCUUAGAUUAUCUUCAAUUGUAUCCUAUAGAAGGUGAACAUUUAAAAGAGGAACUGAGCGGUGGUGGUAUUCAAGGAAUUUUUGAUAAAUUGAUUUUGCUAAAUGCUGAUUAUUUUAUAGCCGGUCCUGAAGGAUGUUGUAGACUUAGAAGUACCUUUACAUUUGAUGUUGAGGAAAGAAGACAGGAAUUGUUUAAAAACAAUGAAACAAUUAAAAACAUUAUUGACCGUUGGAUUCUGUAA